UCUCUCUAUUUCUUUUUCAAUGGAAAUGAAGGGGAAACUUUUUGCUCUUCUGCUUCUAUUUUCCCUCGUUGCUAUUUCCACAGGACAUGAAGAGAACAAAAAAACAAAGCUUUUUGUCAUCGGAGACUCGUUCGUAGACACUGGAAACAUGGGUAUCAAGUCCUCUGAUGGUCUUAUGUUGACGGAUUAUAUAGCGUCGUUUCUCCAUAUACGAGCUCCCGUGAUUUAUGCACAGAGGGACAAAGCAUCAAAAUCAGAACUACAGGAUGGAAUGAACUUUGCGCGUGGAGGGAGCGGUGUUCUCGACGUGUCAUUUAAUAACUACUCAAUGACACUUCAAGUGCGUAAUUUUAAGGAACAAAUUGCCCGAGAAGGCUACACCAAAGCUGAUCUUGGAAAUUCUAUUGCUCUGGUGUCUUACACUGGCAAUGAUUAUAUAUACAAAUCUAGAAGCCAAAAAGGCACCAUGAACGAUGUGUUCGAUCAAACUAAAGCGAUUGUUGAUCUGCUUACAAAGAACCUAAGAGAAAUUCGUGCUUUAGGAGUGAAAAAGAUAGCUAUAUUUGGGACACCUCCAAGGGGAUGCUUUCCAGGCUUGUAUAGUGAAACGCUUCGAAGGUGUGACAAAACUUGGAACAAAGCAUCGAGUACGCACAACAAGUUAUUGAAAGAGUCACUGCAAAUUCUGAACAAGGAGAGCAAUGGAGCCAAAUUUGUGUAUUUGGAUCUUUAUAGUGCCAUCGAGUCAGCAUUGUUUGACGAAAACAAAGAAACUGUGGGAUCUGAGAAUCGGUUCAAGGCAUGCUGCUUCGAUGCUCACAUGUGUGGCCCAAUUGCUCAGAAAACAUGCGACCAACCUGCAUUGUCAAUCUUCUGGGAUGCUGGACAUCUUUCACAGAAUGGUGCGAAUAUUGUUUAUUCAUAUCUAGUGCCAUCUCUCAACAAACUCCUUUAGGUUGCUAAAAAUCGAGAAAUCAACUUGGGUUCUCAUAAACAAUAUGGCAUCAUCAUGUGCUCUACUUGGAUGGGAUCACGCACAAUGUUCAUCAUGGGGAAUUUUUUUCUCGGUCAUUUGUUACUUUUAUUAAAUUGAUAUAAAAGCUCUGUUUCAUGAAGAACUGGGAAGUGGUAGAAUGUGAGUUGGGCUAUUACUGUAUAUCAUUCGGCUUAAGAAAGCUUGUGUGCCAGUUUGUGUUCUUGUCUCCUUUUGGUUCAAUUUUUGU